AGUUCUAGGAUUUCUAAGCACCAGGAACUACCGCCGCCGCAAGCGCCAUUUUCAGACUCUAGCACGAAUCUGCGCCAUCUCGAAAAGUUUGAGAAAGGGGACGUUUAUCCCUGACAUAGUGGAUACUCUGCUGGGUUAUUUCAUCAACAACAGAAACUGAUAAUUUAAAGGGAAUUUAAAGGGGCUUUGGAAUAACGUUAGCGAAUGAAGUUGCUAGCUAGCCGUACUGUCGCUAGCUUACUUUGCUAAUAUUAGCAAUAUUUAUCUAGCCAACGUAACGUAUUGCUAUCACCGCAAGUGACCAAGUGUUUACAUUUUCAUUGGAGGCUGUGGAUGUGUGUCGACGGGUGAUAUCGUAGUCAUGCUUGGUGAAUCACUUAAUCAUCACACAGAGUCAAAUUUAGACAACGUAGAGAAUAAUAACUCCACAACUGUAACUUCACAUUCUACGGGGGCGAACAUCAACAAAACAAGACAUGCUCUGUUCAAAAAAGGUAGCCGAAGAGUGCGCUCGACUGCUUCGAACUACCAAAACAGCAUCCAACGAUCCCAACAACAGAACCAGAAACAUGGACUUCUUAGAAUUAACAACCCAGUGCGUCGUGCAGACAUAAACAACAACAACGCAGUAAUGCGGCCAAAAUCUCCUGUGCAGCUGAAUGCAGAAGCAGCGACGAACAAAUCUCAAGCGGCUGUGUUGAGUACCCAUCUGCUCAAAGUGGGGUCAAAAAAGGAGCUGCUGAAAUCCAAAACAGGACGACCAGAGCGUUCAUCUCAGCUAGGAAAUCAGACCAUCUACUGCCCCAGUAAAUGUGAGCAGACACCACCGAAUGUUAGUAACCGGGGCCAGAGGAGCAGAUGUAGUGCUGCUGGGAAAACAUCUGUGAAGAAGUCUGACAACAGUUGUCACCAGAGGCCUCAGUCCAGCUGUAAAGAGGUUAAAAAACCGUUCAGCAUUGCUGAUAAUAUCAGCCUUGUCAAUUUAUGCCAGUCUGAGUUUGUCCCAGAAGACAGCUUAAAAGAUGGAGAGAAAGUGUAUGCAGGUGCAAAGUUCAGUGAGCCUCCAUCACCCAGUGUUCUUCCCAAGCCACCGAGUCAUUGGGUCGGUGAGAAUACACCUCUGUGUGCCGGUGAUGGCAGAGAGCAAAUGACUUCUCAUUUAAAAUCUCUGCUUAAGGUUCCUGAUAAGCCAUGAUAGUUACAUCAGGCAUCAGGCUGUUUUAAAAAAUUAUGCCCAGUCCUCUAGUGCUCCGAUGAUUCUUUUUUCCACAGGGAAAUUGCUUUUGAAGAAUGCAGGAGAGAUGGCUUGUUGCAACAGAAAAUAUUGAAUAACUGGACUUCUGAUUCAUUGUCUUACAGUUGUGAUGAAAUAAUUGUCAGAAAAUUUCUAACAAAAUGUGUACAUUUGUGUAUUAUAAUACAUGUAAUAUAUGUGUAUAUUUUCAUGUUUUAACAGAGUGAAGUCUAGUUUUGUUACUGAAGCUUGAAAAUGAUGUAUAUUGCAAUCAGGUGUACUGUACUCUCAAAGUGUUAAAAAACACAUUGCAUGUAAGAUGUCUUACAACUUUGCACAAGUUAACUAAGGGGUCCUGUAAGUUGUGAGAAAAGUGGAUGACAUGACAUAGUAGGGUGUUGUUAACCCAUUGUGACGUGAUGUGUGCUGACCAUGGUUGAGUGAAAAGUGGCCAGUUUAAGUGGGACAGUCUGGAAAGCUCAUACAAUUGACUGAUUGAACAUGAAAAUGGAUGCAAGGUUGGCAGUUGGAUCCACUCUGAAUUGAGAAGUCCUACGUGCAGGAGUUAUUACAGCGUACAACUGAUGCAGAAGAAGACAUCUUCAAAAUCAGGUCUCUUUUUGCAAGCACUGACAUGUCUCAUCUUAUAACAACAAUUACUUUAUGGCCAGUAGCACUAUUUCCCUUCUGUGUUUUUGUUGAUAUGAAUCAAAAUUAUCUGAUUUAUUUGCACCAAACUGACAAUUUAUCAACUAGUAACAUUUUAUCCUGGCAAUGCAUUUUUUCACUGAGGUAACUUAAGGCAAUGGUGUGUUAAGUAAUACAACAUAUUUUGGUGCAACAAAUCCAGUUGAAUAGACAACAUACUUAAUUUGGCAUGUGAAACAAACAUUUUAUUUAUUUUUACAAAUGAAUACAAUAAAACAAUUGGCUUCCCCCA